AUGAGGGAAAUAGUUCAUAUACAGGCUGGCCAAUGUGGCAAUCAAAUCGGUGCUAAGUUCUGGGAGGUAAUUUCCGACGAGCACGGUAUCGAUCCCACUGGUACCUACCACGGCGACUCCGACUUGCAACUGGAGCGUAUCAAUGUAUACUAUAAUGAAGCAACAGGCGGCAAAUACGUGCCAAGAGCGAUUCUCGUCGAUCUUGAGCCCGGGACCAUGGACUCCGUUCGAUCAGGGCCCUUCGGACAAAUCUUCCGACCUGACAACUUCGUUUUUGGCCAAUCGGGCGCCGGCAAUAACUGGGCCAAAGGCCACUACACAGAAGGCGCAGAACUGGUGGACUCUGUUUUAGAUGUAGUCAGGAAGGAGGCAGAAGGAUGCGACUGUCUUCAAGGUUUUCAAUUAACACACUCCCUCGGAGGAGGUACAGGUGCCGGCUUGGGAACGCUUCUCAUCUCAAAGAUUCGAGAGGAGUAUCCCGAUCGUAUUAUGAAUACUUUUAGUGUAGUACCCUCGCCCAAAGUAUCUGAUACUGUAGUUGAACCCUACAAUGCCACCUUGUCGGUGCAUCAGCUUGUGGAGAAUACUGAUGAAUCUUAUUGCAUUGACAACGAGGCUCUUUACGAUAUUUGUUUCCGUACUCUAAAGUUGACCACACCGACCUAUGGGGAUUUGAACCAUCUGGUAUCAGCGACGAUGUCUGGCGUCACCACUUGUCUCAGGUUCCCUGGUCAACUGAACGCUGAUCUGAGGAAACUUGCUGUGAACAUGGUUCCAUUCCCCCGACUGCACUUUUUCAUCCCUGGAUUUGCGCCGUUAACGUCUAGAGGAAGCCAGCAGUACCGAGCUCUGACCGUACCAGAAUUGACACAGCAGAUGUUUGAUGCUAAGAAUAUGAUGGCUGCAUGCGACCCUCGCCACGGAAGAUACUUAACUGUAGCCGCUGUGUUUAGAGGUCGUAUGUCAAUGAAAGAGGUGGACGAGCAGAUGAUGAACAUUCAGAAUAAGAAUUCUUCGUACUUCGUGGAGUGGAUUCCGAAUAAUGUGAAGACUGCAGUCUGCGACAUCCCACCUCGGGGUUUGAAAAUGUCUGCGACAUUUAUUGGAAACUCGACAGCUAUUCAGGAGUUAUUCAAGCGUAUUUCUGAACAAUUCACUGCUAUGUUUAGACGUAAGGCGUUUUUGCAUUGGUAUACUGGAGAAGGAAUGGAUGAGAUGGAGUUUACGGAGGCUGAGAGUAACAUGAAUGACUUGGUGUCGGAGUACCAGCAGUACCAGGACGCCACCGCUGAGGAGGAGGGCGAAUUUGAUGAGGAAGAGGAAGGUGGUGAUGAAGGAGACUAG